GAGGAGUAGCCGGUCAUGGCAGUGAGUACGUGGCAGGCUCUGUCUCCACUGCAGUGGGCUCGCUGGGGCUGGGACACACUGCUGGGUGGGGCAUCAGACGGUGACAGCCCGGGCUCUGAUCCCGGUCUGGGGCUCCUACGGAGUUUCUCCUGGAGCUCACAACAUGACCGCAGGAUCAGGGAUGCUUUGGAGCCGAUCAGACAGAGGAGUUCAGACUCUGAUGGAGCGUUUGAGACCCCUGAAGCCACAACUCCAGUGAAGACUGUUCAUCCUAUAGAUCCCCAAACCCAGCAAACAUCCAAUGACAAAGUAGCAGACUCCUCAGUCAGUGAUCCUGCCUCUGAGUUGCCCUCAGCUGAUGCAACAUGCCAUUCCCCGUGUACUGUUUUUGAUGAGGACCGGCCCAUUGCAGCCAGUGGCCAAUACAACAUUGAGGUUUCUGCUCUUACCCGUUCACUCAGCCUCCAGGCAGGAGAACUAGACAGUGCUGGUCUGUUGGACGGAUCAUCGGUGGAAGGCUUCCGUCUACACUCUGAAUCCUUUAGCGUAGGUACCGAGAGCGCACCAGGGACGCUCCGCAGGCCCAAGAAAGUCCGUUCUGGGUCUUUGAAGAAGAAGCCUCUUCUCAGGCAGAACUCCAACCCAGAGAGUCCGAGGCCAGCCUCAUCCAGCAGCACCCCGGAGAUCAAGAACCGGGCAACACCUCGUACUGCCAGCCCUCUUCAGCCUCAGGAGGAAGCAGAGGGAGGGUCUGCAACCCCGAGCCCCGGAGGAACCCUCCGCAGAACCAGGAAGAACCGUGUGGAGACUCCACCUCCUCUGCCGGAGGAGACCAAUCAUACGAGCCAAGAGGAGAGCCUUAUUAUCCCUGCCUUACCUUUGUGCCAGGAGGAGACCCCUCUCCCGGGCAGUCCAGCAGGUAGAGACGAAUCCCCCAUUCCCCCUACUACUUCCUACAAAUGGGAUCCAGAUAAUUUUGAGAGCAUUGACCCAUUCAAUACUGGAGGAAGUAAGGUUGCCAAUUCCCCCGUUCUUGGUCGUAAAGGUCCUGUGUGUGCUCCUAUAGCCCCCCCUCCAGAGAGUCCCUCUGUAUCUGCUGUGGAGCCGUGUCCACCAGCUCCUCUUGAAAAGUCGAUCACAAACCCUGAAGAGCAACCCAUCGUCCCCAACCGUCAGUCAGUAAGGCUGGAGUUUGACUACUCUGAGGAGGGCUGUGAGGCGACCCCUCCCCCGCCUAAGAAAUUGGGCAAGAAGCCUGGUGGGAAGAUGCCUCUGAGGAAACCAAGGCUGGGGCUGAAGAAAGCCCCUCCGGUUAAGACGGAGCAGCUGGACAACGAUCUUACA